UGGAGCAUGCCACUACUGUGUCUGCAAGGGCAGAUCAGCAACAGCAGCAGCAACAGCAGCAGCAGCAACAGCAAUAUACAAAACGAAGCAGUACUGCAUAUCAGCAUCAGAGCAAUAACCAACAUUCCAACAAUACCCAUGCGCAACAUAAUACCAAUAGCAAUCCUUCUUCUUCGUCCAAUGGUUUUGUGAAACAAUGCUUAUACUGUGGUUCUAAAACGACCCCUAUGUGGAGACGCGGCCCUCAGGGCGCUGGUACGCUCUGUAAUGCAUGUGGUGUAAAAUGGAAACAUGGUAAGAUUUUAUGUGAUACCGCUGAUUAUCGAACGGGCACAAUGCAUCCUCAUCCUGCAAAAAAAAAGAAGAGAAAUAACACGGCCAGCGCGACAGCGACAACACCCAACAAUGCCAAUAAAAGGAGAAAAUCUGCCACUGCUGUUACAACGACUGGAACUACCAUCAGUCAUAAGAAAAAACUGAACGAUGAUUCCUCUUCGCUACCGUCCAUUUCUUCGCCUCCUCAGUUCUUACCCUCCUCGCCAUUUUCUAAUUUUCAUCAAAGAAGGCAUACAACCGAUAUGUCAUCUUUACUGCACAACAGUGAUAAUGGCCCAAGUAUGAUUGAUAUCACCGAUUUCCCUGCUUUAAAUGCUGUUGAAGAAGCUGCUGCUGUUCUAACUCUAUUGAAGCGAAGUUAGAAAAAAAAAUUUUUUUUCUUCAAAUAAUCUCAUUUUCUAUUUUUUUUUUCUCUUUUCGUCAGUAAUAUAAAAGAAAUUCAAAAAACCUCCAUUGAUGCAAACGCUUUUCAUGUG